AUGAAGCUCGUCAGGUUCCUGAUGAAGUGUGCCAACGAGACGGUCACGAUCGAGCUCAAGAAUGGCACCAUCGUCAACGGCACCAUCUCCUCCGUCUCGCCGCAGAUGAACACGGCUCUCCGCAUAGUCAAGAUGACGACCAAGGGCCAGGACCCCGUUGCGCUCGAUACGAUGAACAUUCGCGGCUCGACGAUUCGAUACUUUAUCCUGCCCGACUCGCUGCCGCUCGACACGCUGCUCGUCGACGACGCGCCCAAGCCGAAGAACAAGGCGAGGAAGGAGACCGACAGGGGCGGCCGCGGCGGUCCUCGUGGCGGGCCCCGGGGUAGGGGACGCGGAAGGGGACGCGGCAGGGGACGCGGCUGA